GUGAGUUGCACGCAUCGGGUCGAAGCGCUGGACCCUGGUCCGGACGGAGUGCGCUUUCUUCAUGUGGAGGGAUGGUUGGUAUGAGGGGAGAAGAUGUGAUAUGUGUGAGAAAGAGACGAGGACGUGAGGGUAUAGAAAGAUGGAGCAGUGGGUGGUGGGACAGAGUGGGGAAACCGCCAGCGCCUUUUAAACAAUUGCAGGGUGGCCAAAGCCGACCAAACGCGCUUUGGCUCUCAAGCCACACUGCGGACCGAGCGCUUUACAGAAGAGUGGACACGGCGCUGUGAGUGGGCUAGCCAAUGCCGAUGAUCUGCCCAAUUGACGACACUGUGUUAUCAGCUGACGCUCGCCCAAAUCUAUCGAUGGAAGCGAUCAAUGGUCCGAGAGCGAGAAACAAUCGCCGGCCAGAGCUCAGAAAGCAGAUCGUCGAUGGUUCUGUAUGGCGUGAACGCAUUCGUUUCCAGAUCGAUCAGCCGGUAGGGUGAAAUAUCGCUCCCAAGGAUUGGCCGACAAGAAGCAAGCAGUGCAGAGCAGACAGAACGAGAUCUUGAUCGUCGAGGGCCAACAGGUCUAGGAGACAUGGCGGUCAUGUACGCUUCAUCCUCGAGCAGCGGGCCGUGUUAGAUGUCAGAGCGAGCAUUUCACAAGGCAUCAUACGUGCCAGCUUGGUGAUCGAAGGGCCAAAGGCCAAAGACCCUCGACGAAAAGUGAGUCACAACCAACGUACGAUUGAUCAAAAAGCCCUAGCCCAGGGGGGCACGACACAUGGGUUCUGGUUCCGCCGGUAGAUUCACUGUUGUAUUCCCCGCGCGACAAGCGCAGUCGGAAGAAUAGAGGGAAGGCAACGUGUGCUGGACCCGGGCUUCGGCCAAAAGCAGGAUUCACGCGAGAUAAAGCGUAGCCCGUAUAAAUCCGUGGAGAGUGGAACAGUCAGAGGACGAGACUACAGCUUGCAGGAGGGCAAAGGUUAGCUCGCAACAGCUUGACAGCCCCUCGACAGCUUUCGUGGCGAGAGUGACCAGGGGUGACCGUGUCACUUGGUCCCGCCUUUGAUUCCACUCCAUCAUCUGCAUGGAUUCUACAGCUUCCGCACCGCGUACCGAGAUCCCAACCAGGACGCUCGCGUGUUCUCACAGUCGAAAGGCUAUCCUGUUGACGACGAGGCGGGAUGUCUACUCCGCCCAGCUGUAUGCAUAACCGAGGUCAAUGACGGCAAAGGAGAUAUAAGAAGGCAGCGCCAAUGCUGAAAUCCCAUCGAACAUGCAAUCGCUAUUCGCCUUCGUGUGCCUCACCCUGGUGUCUGGCGUCCUCGCCUCCAUCUCGGGCCUUCCCGCCGCGGACGUGGUCGUGCCUGUGACUGGGCAUGUCCCUCGCCGGAUUUCCAAGCGCUUUGCGUCUCCGGCAGGGCGCAAGCAGACGCCUCAAUCCACGCUCCGACUUGACGGCGCCGCAUUCGACAAGGAAUACCUCGUGAACAUCACCGUCGGCGGAAAGCCGUUCCAGGUCAUCCUCGACACCGGAAGCUCAGACACGUGGGUCGCCCACACCAACUUCAGCUGCUUCAAUCUCACGGGCGCACCGAUCCCCGCGAGUGCGUGCGACUUCGGUCCGGCGACCUUCGACCCUAGCGCAUCCCCCACGUUCACGGUGUUCCCGAACGCGACGUUCUUCCAGGAGAUCGGCGUGCCCAAUCACAAUGCGUUCCUGGGCGAUGGUGUCUCGGAGGGCGUGCUGGGGCUGGCGUUCCCGUCCUUGACCAGUGUGUACAACAACACAAGCGAUGGGCUGGUCCAGAUGCGGUACAGUCCGUUCUUCCAGACUGCGUUCCAGCGGGGGAUCGUCAAGAAGCCUUACUUUUCGAACUCGCUGAACCGGCCGACUCUUGCCCAGGCCACCAACGAUCCUGUUGAUGCCAAUCUUGGGCUGCUUCCAUUCGGGGGGAUCGUCCCUGUCCCUGUGACCGGUGUUGAGACGACCGUGCCAGUCACCCAAUGGCUGUUCAACGCGGCGGGGUCGCUCGUGCCAACGGCCAACUCGAGUGCCGGCGAAUACGCGUGGUACUCCCUCAACGUCACUGGCUACGAUUUCCCAGGCAGCACAUCUAUCCCCACCAGCAGCAACAACACGUUCGUCGACUCUGGCACAACCGUGAACUACGUCGCGACUCCCGUGGCAGCCGCCUACAAUGCGCUGUUUGUUCCCCCUGGUGCAUUCGAUCAGGAGCUGCAGUCCUUUGUGGUUCCGUGCAACGCCACUGCUGCGGUACUGAACGUCGUUAUCAACGGAAAGCGGUUCGAGAUCGAUCCCCGGGACCAGGUGGUUCCGCUCCAGAAGGGCAGUGACGGCAAGGAAAUAUGCAUCUCCGGGACGCAGGACGGCGGGCCUGAUGUUGCUGGAAACACGUUCGUGCUCGGCGAUGUGUUCUUGCACAACGUGGUGACCACUUACAACCCCAUUGACGCGGAGAUCACCUUUACUCAGCGCCAGCCGUACUGAGACGUGGCCAGUGGCUAUACAAAUCCGAGGGAAUUGAAAGGGUGCAUUUCUCAAUUUGUCGCGAUCUUAUUCUUUCUUGAACGGCACGUCCUGUGCGGAUGUUGAUUCUGUUCCAAUUCUACGCUGCUUACUAUCUGCUACCCACGGGAUACCAAGAUCUCGCUACGGAACGUGUGAGUGCGGUCCAGGUCAGCCAUGGGACUCGCUGCCCAACUGGCGGAGUCCCCCUUGGUAUGUCAGAUCGUAUCGAGCCUGCCAGAAACAAAUCUGCGCCGCGCUACGGAUCGUCGUGGAUGGUUCGAAGGAGAGUAUCAAAUGGAAGGUCGGUGAACAGCAAGCUGCCAGACCGCAUGGGCAGAGUAUUUAGUCGUCGUCUUCGUCGACCUCGCAGUUUCCCGGAAAAUUCAAGUUGCCCAGGUUGAGAGGAUGAAUUUCGAGAGAUCAGCAGAACGAGUCCAUUUCUGUUCGUAUAGAGAACAAAUGUGAAGUACAAGAUUAUAAGAAGAGGAAAGAAAGCGAGGCGUUUGGAGAUCCGAGCGCUUCCUCGCUCGCUCUACUGGGGAGCGAAUAACGGUGUCUCUGACGAUGGAGGAAGCGUGUCGGCCAGAGCGAGAUGAACAUCGACGUGGUCAUGGCGAGCGGCAGCGCUUCGAACAGGUAGAAGUACAACUCUUUAUUGGCAACGGUGCCGUUGUAUCUGCAGUGAGCAGGUCACUUUCACGGAAAUCUUCCUGCUGGCUGGACAAGACGUACCCUCCAGCGAAUUCAACCACGCGGUAGACCGUGCGCACCAGAAGUCCGCCGCAGACAAUGAAGAUCAUGUAGACCAGCAGGCGCCAGGUGUCGAUCGGCCCCGCAGACAUUAUCUUCCAAGGCGCCCCCUUGGUGGGUUUCCACAGAUGAGGGUAGUCGUUGGACCUGGCGUCGUGAAUCAGAGAGUGAGUCAGGGACAUGCAAACCGGCCUUACAUUCGGAUAGUGAAAGAAGUCAGAAGGUAGAUGAAGAGCAGCAGUGUGGCCGCCUGGAGAAUGAAUCCGGUCAAGACAAUCUACGAGAUUGAGUUACAACUGAAAUCCUCUUGUGGCUGGAGGACUCAAAUACCUUGGAGCCCGCUGCGGCGAGAGAAUCAUGUUGCGAGACAGUCAAAGCUCCGCCGCCACCCUCCAGCAGGAAACUGACGAGAUUGCUCCCGACAAAGAACGUCAUAAUGCCUGAGGGGCUGACGAAAAGACACCGCGAGACGACAUCGGGCUCGAACGUAUUGCCCAGAUGAGCGAGAAGAAAGUAGCAUGUGGCGAUAAAGAAGCUGGGCUGCAGGCUGUCAGUGCUGGUUUCGCAGUGCGUGCGAGAAAAUCAGCACCGAAAGAAGAAUCAACUGCAAACGAUGUUAGCAAAGAUUGGAUCCGUUCUGCCUGGCGAGAGUGGAGAUGACACACCAGAUCCCAGGCGAUGUACUUCCACAGAUAGAAAGGCGGGGCCCCGUCCAUGGCCCGGAGGAGGAAACCAGUCGUGAGCGCUUGACCGUCGUCAGCAAAGGCGGCUGGACUCGAUCGUGGGCUCAUAGCAUACCGAUCAUUCCGACAACGUAAGUAAGCAGAGAGAGCUUGAUUGGUCGGACCCAGAUGAAGUGGAUCAGAGACACGACUACCGAUUGCGCGAAUGCGAUGAUUCCCAUGGUGGCAAAGUGUCGCUAGAGAUGGUAUGGUUCAUUUCUCGAAGAGCAGAUUCGAAUCGGGGGAGGCUUACUGAAGGCACAUAUCCAAGCCUGCUCACACACAGUUCACAGUUUAGACCCGCCUUGUCAAUGAGUAGAUGGAUCCACUCACACAUGGACGGAGGAGGGAUCGGCCGUGCCCCGCUCGGCAAUUUCUGCUGCGAAGACUGAUGCGAAAGAGACAGUUAAAGUCAAGAAAAAAGCAAGUCGAGACAUGGGGAGACCAGUCAGAAGUUUGGAGUGGUUGAGUAUAUUAGUACGCUUCCGCCUGCUCACCUUUAUACGUACCACCAUUCCAUACGGCCACGAGGUAGUUUUCGACGGGACAGACCAGGUUCCGAAGACAUCCCG